AUGGCCGAGACGAGCGAGGAGGUGGCGGUGCUGGUGCAGCGGGUGGUCAAGGACAUCACCAACGCCUUCAGGAGGAACCCGCACAUAGAUGAGAUUGGCCUGAUUCCCUGUCCUGAAGCACGGUAUAACCGGAGUCCCAUAGUCCUGGUUGAAAACAAGCUUGGCGUGGAGAGCUGGUGUGUCAAGUUCCUUCUGCCAUACGUGCACAACAAGCUCCUCUUGUACAGAACGAGGAAGCAGUGGCUGAACAAAGAUGAGUUGAUAGAUGUCACAUGUACCCUGCUGCUUCUAAACCCAGACUUUACCACUGCAUGGAACGUGAGGAAAGAGCUGAUCCUCUCGGGCACUUUAAAUCCAAUUAAGGAUUUAUAUCUGGGAAAAUUGGCCUUAACGAAAUUUCCAAAGAGUCCAGAAACGUGGAUUCACAGGCGGUGGGUGCUACAACAGCUAAUUCAGCAAACUUCCUGGCCUUCCUAUGUGACCAAAGGAGUUUUGGGAACAAUUCCUGCAGAACGGACAAGGCAGCUAAUACAGGAAGAGAUGGAAGUGUGUGGGGAAGCAGCGGGGAGAUACCCUAGCAACUAUAACGCAUGGUCCCAUCGCAUCUGGGUUCUGCAAAAGCUGGCUAGGCUGGACAUCCAGAUUCUUCUUGGUGAACUAUCUUCUACUAAACGUUGGGCAUCUAUGCACGUUUCAGACCACAGUGGAUUUCACUACCGCCAGUUUCUGUUAAAGUCUUUGAUUAGCCAAGCUGUUGUGGACAGUUCUACCGUGGAGCAAAACUCUUUGAGAAGUGAGCCAGCCCCCGUUCUUCCUAACGAUGAAGCAGCAGCGGCUUCAGCAGCAGAACCAAGCAUAAGUCCUCCCCAUCUUCUAGAAGAAGAAGUUGAAUUCACCACUGAUCUUAUUGACUCUUAUCCAGGACAUGAAACUCUGUGGUGUCAUAGACGGCAUGUGUUCUACCUUCAGCAUCAUUUGAACAGCAGGUUUCGUCACCACGGGACCCCACUGCCCUCUGCAGACAACUCUGGGAGGACCUCGAGUGCCUUGCACCUCAUCGCAGCAGGCCCCCCGACUUCUCAGACAAUGGACGUGGAUGGACUGAAUGACCCCAGCAAGCAAGGCUACUCCCAGGAAACCAAGCGCUUGAAGCGGACCCCAAUCUCAGACUCCCUAGGUCUAGAAAUGGAACACAGAUUCAUUGAUCAAGUGUUGUCCACUUGCCGGAACGUAGAGCAAGCCAAGUAUGCCAACGCAUACAGGAAAUGGCUGGUUACUUUGAGUCAGUGAACAAUGUGGAACGAUCCUUCAGAAUUCCCUUCUUAGUGCAAUAUCGCUUCCCUUUCUGAUUUACGUGCUUGCAUGAGCUGUCUGCUGUUGUAGGCUGACGAUUCUUCAUCUCUAAGCUGAAAGUAAAUGCUUCGUUUUAUUUAUUUUGCUCAGAACUGGUAUUCCUUUGGGGAUAAAAUAAUUGUAUCAUUUCUUCCUGCUAACGAUGAGUUUUAAAGUUGUAA